AGACUCGUCUGAUGUCGUGGCGCUUUGAAUGAAGAAGUUGGUAUUCUGAGGGCCCUGGGACUGAAGGCGAGGUCCCAGUAACUCCUGGUCUUUCCUACACACCCCUCCCUCGCCCGCCUUUCCCCUCCCUCCUCUGGCAGGAUGAGGCGUGCAGGCCUGGGUGAAGGAGCACCUCCUGGUAGCUAUGGGAACUAUGGCUAUGCCAAUAGUGGGUAUAAUGCCUGUGAAGAAGAAAACGAGAGACUUACUGAAAGUCUGAGGAGCAAAGUAACUGCUAUAAAAUCUCUUUCCAUUGAAAUAGGCCAUGAAGUUAAAAAUCAAAAUAAACUAUUAGCUGAAAUGGAUUCACAGUUUGAUUCUACAACUGGAUUCCUAGGUAAAACUAUGGGAAGACUGAAAAUUUUAUCCAGAGGGAGCCAAACCAAAUUACUGUGCUACAUGAUGCUGUUUUCGUUGUUUGUCUUUUUUGUCAUUUACUGGAUCAUUAAACUGAGGUGAUGCAAGUAAGCAUGGCCUUGAAUUUGUUCCAGUGAAUGCUCGGAGUACACUGACAGUCAGCACCACAGCAUUCCUAAGUUUCAAAUACUAUAUAUGGUCUUUCCCAUUGAAGUUUAAAUCGUAUUAGAUCAUAACAAUGCUUUUUGGAUAUUAUCUCUUACUGACUCAAGUUGACCCCUAUUUUCAGGGGUAAUGAGAUGGUCUGAAGUCACUGUGGCUCUGAAUUUUUAUUCCUGUGUUUGCUAACUGUCAGAUUAAAUAGCAGUACAAUAUCCUAUUGCUACUGUAAAUGUAAUUCUCUGCAGCCAUUAGACAAGCAGUAGAAUGCCUGGGAAGCCUGACAGUGCACUUUGAGAUUGUGAUAGAAUGCUCUUUUUUUUUUUUUCCCCUCAUAUGGUUAUAUAAAAUUGUAGGCCUAUUUCCUUUCACCUACAAUCAUAAUAACUUUUGAUCAAAAUAAUUCUUUGUACAAUCAACUCCUUGAAUAAAGUUUGCUAUUUCAACUAUUUCUACCAGGGCCUAAUAGGCAUGUGUAUCAGCAUCGUUAUUGUUUUAUAUUAACUUUUUAUAAAUUUCAUUGACUUACUUUAUAAUAGUUGUAUGAUUUUAGCUACUUGGGUAAGCCACUUGGUUAUCAUUUGUGAAAGAAUAAUGUGAAAUUCAGUAAUUGUUAAGCUCUGACUGGAAAUAAAGUGUUUAAGCAAAAUUAAUAGUCUUUGCUUUAUUAUGUGCUCAAAGUAGGUGCUAAAAGCAUUCAGCCUUUGAACGUGGAGUUAAGAGUAUUGUGGUUUUAAUCUAGUGUAUCUGCUUAUAGAAAAGAAACAUUAAAAUAUUAUAAAAUA